AACCCUGAUGUAUUCCAACAAGAGAAGUAAACACACUACGUAACCUCGGCUUUGACUGAGUGAACAGAGGCGUCUGCAGCAGGUGGAGACCCGGCUUCUUAAAAUGAAGGGUAGCAUUGUUAAAUCGCUUCUGCGCUGUCAAAAUGGUAUACUGCGUCCAAGCAUAUGUCACCUUAUGACAUCAAGCUCAACUGGGGGCGAAGCACAAGCUCAACCAAAGCACGAUGUACGGGAUAACUCUUCACCAAAGACUGGUAUCCUUAUGUUGAACAUGGGUGGUCCACAGACCACAGAUGAAGUUCACGAGUUUUUGCUUCGACUGUUCAAGGAUCGCGACAUUAUUCAGCUGCCAUUCCAAGAUUACAUGGGACCAUGGAUUGCAAAGAGAAGAACACCUGAUAUCCAGAAAAAGUAUGCGGAGAUUGGUGGUGGGUCUCCAAUUUUUAAAUGGACUGAUCUGCAGGGGAGACUACUCUGUGAACGUCUUGAUGAACUGCAUCCCGAGUCUGCGCCUCAUAAGCAUUAUGUUGGUUUCCGCUAUGCUAAACCAUUGACUGAAGAUACCUUGGAAAAGAUGGAGGCGGAUGGAGUUGAGAACUGCAUUGCCUUCUCUCAGUACCCACAGUACAGCUGCAGUACGACAGGGUCCAGCAUGAACGCUAUCCAUAAAUUCUAUGCUAACAGAUCUGUGGAGUCAGGAAUGAAGUGGAGUGUCAUUGAUCGAUGGUGUACAAACCCCUUCCUUGCAAAGUGUUUUGCUGACAAUAUCAGAAAAGAAUUGGCGCAGUUCCCCGAGGAAAAGAGGAAAGAUGUUUUCAUCCUUUUCUCUGCACAUUCCUUGCCAAUGAGGCAAGUUGGGCGUGGUGAUCCUUAUUCUGCUGAGGUUGGUGCUACAGUACAGCUUGUUAUGCAAGAACUUGGAUUUACAAAUCCAUACCGUUUAGUAUGGCAAAGUAAGGUUGGUCCCCUUCCAUGGCUGACUCCAGCUACAGAUGCUGCAAUUAAAGGUCUUGUGGAGAGAGGAAGGAAGAACAUGAUCUUAGUCCCAAUAGCAUUCACGAAUGAGCACAUAGAAACCCUGCAUGAGAUGGAUAUUGAGUAUGCUGAAGAUCUUGGAAAAGAGGUUGGAGCUGAGUGCAUACGCCGAUGUGCAUCACCCAAUGACCAUCCCUUCUUCAUUGAUGCCCUUGUAGAUGUGGUCAGCAAGCAUCUUCAGGAAGGUCACAGGUGCUCGGAACAAUUCCUCCAUAACUGUCCUUUGUGUGUGAACCCUUCGUGCUAUGCUUCCAAGAAAUGGUUUAGAUAUACCACCAAAAAGUUUUAGAGAUAUUAAAAAGAGAAGAAUUAAAGGUAGAGAAUUUGCAUACUAAAAGGUUAAUGUGAAAUAUGUAGAAAAAAUAUAGAUGAGGUGGGUUAUUGGUUUUACGUAUUAUAUUUGGCAAACUUUUUACUCGACUUGACUCUGGUUUGUUGGAAUAUCUUUUUUUAUUAUAUUUAAAAAUCAGAUAUGUAAUUAUUUAUUUCAUACCUCACAUAGAAGUAGAGAGAAAGAUUAUAGACAAAAUGCCACAAGUGAAGAUUGUGCAAAUAUGAAUUAGCUAAUGAAUUACCAGUGAAUGUAAAUUUGCAAAUUUCCAUGUGAAGUACAGGUUUAUUAUUAUGCAAAUAUUCCCCGGCAUUGAGAAAAUGCACAUGCCCAAUAUUUAUUUACAAUAUCUUCACUAUGUGAUAAAACUCUUUUAGACCAAAAACAAAAAUGUUGAAACCAUUGAAGCCCUAAUACAGAUACGUCAGGAGGCUAAGUGGUUUAACAAUGUUUGUAAUAGGCUGAAUGGUACCAAAGCAGAGGCAUAUUACUACUUAAUGUGAUGUAAAUUUUUCUGUCUUGAAAUAUGACCUGAAAAAUUUUGUGUUCUUCAUUUCUCAAUUUAUGUUUAGUUUGAAUACUGUUGUUAUGGGGUCUAAGGCCUUUAAUGUUUUUCAUUGUAGUUAUCACUGUGUUAUUUAAUUGUGUAACAUCAUUCCAAUAUCAUUCACUUGUGUUGGGUUUUCUUUCUUUAUUGGCCUACUUCACCCUUUUGUGUAGUAAUGAGCACAAAAUCUUAAUGUAAAUAUGAGUAUAUAAUGAUUUUUUUUCCUGCAAAUUGUCUUUGCUUCUGCUAGUUAAAGCCACAGAACAAAAAAAAUCAGACUUGAUACCAGUUAUAGGAAGAGGAGGUCAAUGUGAAGGACUGCAGGCUCUUCUUGAUAUCUCCCAAAUUGUAGCUUCUGGUAUUAUGAGUAUUUAUUGUUGCACAAUAACCCACUGGCUCCGGGUGACAUGACCAUCAUGUCAUGAAAAAAUUUGGCUGAGGGCCAGGUUGAUGAGAAUGCACCUUCAAGAAAAAUUUGACUCUGGAUCAGGGUGACAGGAAUGACUCAUGAUGAGUGCAUAAAGAUCUUGGAAAAUGAUUAGACUGGGCAUAUAAGAAGCAGCUCUUACAUUAUUUCCACCAGUAAACAAGGUAGAAUGUACCUUUUGUGAGCCAUGGCUGAAAGAGUACUGGUCAUUAUCAGGAUCUUAUUCCUGGCCACCAUGACUGGCAGUGCAGGGUGUGCCAAAGAAAAUUGAAUACACUGAUCUGAUCAAGGAAAAUAGUCCAUUAAUGUCUUUAUUCAGCAUAAAAAUGAAAAAUAUAGAUCAUAGAAAAUGGUCAAACAGAAAAACAUGCAGAAAAGUACAUAAUAUCAUUACAAAGAGUAGGCAAGGAAUCUUGAUACCAGACAUGAAUGUUCAUGUUGGCUGGGCCUACAAGCCACACACCAAGGAGAAUCACCAUUCAAGUAAGCAUAUUGCCCAGAUUUUGGUCCAUGUGCGAGCCACUAGGCCCCCCGGAUCUAAUGGGUUAAGAAAAUGUAAGAAAAUAUAUAUUUGUUAUUUAAAA